CGAUCAGGUAUAAAUAUGGAAAAUAAUACUCAAAGACAACAUAUAAUAAAUCCAAGCCUAAUGGAUAACAACUUUGCAUCAUCAAUGGAAAGCACAAAUCAAGAAAUAAAUACGGACAACUUUAUCGUUCCCGAAAUGGAAGAAAUAUGGCGUCGAGCGAGCGAUUCAAAUGAAAUCGAGGCUUUGUUUCAAAUGUUGAAGAGCGAGCUUCUUACAAACGAAGGUGACAGCCAGUCGGUCGACAAUAAUUAUGCGAAUAACGAUCAGCUGGCCUAUCUGAAUUCUAGCGAGAACAACGACCUGUUGGAGGAAAUUUUUGCGGAGACACAACCCAACGAGUGUACUAUUCAGAACGAUGCUGCUGACGAGAGGCAAGCAAUACUAAUGGAUUUUGACUGUAGCGUGUUCGAAUGUAAAUCGGAAGUUGAUGACAACAGAAACUUCGUAUGGUCACAAGACUCUGAAGUCCAAGCUAUGGCUCAUGUGUGAAAAUAACCUGUUUGAUGGCUUAUAAACAUAUUUCAUAUACAUGAUAAUUUGUAAACAUCUAUUGAAUUCAUUUACAGAUAUUAAAAAUGUGUUGUGAUUUAUUAAAAAUAAAAAUAAUUUCAGGAU